AUGAAGGAUGCUAAAUUUUUUAUUGGAUUAAUAAAAAAAAAUUGUUUUGUCUCUAAAAAUAAAAUAGACAAAGCCACUAAUCCACUUAUGUUGGAAGAGAAUUGGGAGCACAUAGUUGGGUUUUGUGACAUGGUCAACAAAGAUGUCGACGGUCCCCAGAUGGCAGUUCGUCUGCUCGUACAUAAAAUACAAUCUCCUCAGGAAAAAGAAUCUCUAUUUGCCCUGACUGUACUUGAGGCAUGUGUGAAAAACUGUGGAACAAGGUUUCAGCAGGAGGUUGGAAAGUUCAGAUUCAUCAAUGAGAUCAUCAAAGUCAUAUCACCAAAAUACUUAGGAAAUCAGAUGAGCUUAAAGGUAAAAAACAAAUGCAUCAUUCUACUUUACGUCUGGAGCCAGAGUUUGAGUCACGAGCCGAAAAUUAAGGAGGCUUACACAAUGCUGAAGAGACAGGGGGUGGUUAAGGAAGACCCUGAUAUUUUCUCUACCGGGAUAAUCAGGCCCCAACCGUCGCCACCGACCCCGCCCCCACCUCCACCUGUCCCUAAAAAAAAUAAUUCCGUCUUCGAAGAUGAGGAAAAGUCCAAGCUCCUGUCGAGAUUGUUGAAGAGUAAGAACCUGGACGACUUGCAAGCGGCCAACAGGCUGAUAAAAAAUAUGGUCAGACAGGAUGCGGAGAGAGUCGAGAAGGUUACCAGACGCACCCAGCAACUGGAAACGGUUUCGGACAAUGUGAAACUUCUGAGCGAGAUGCUGCAAAACUAUCAACCCGGGGACUCGACUGAAUCCGAUAGGGAGAUCAUGAAGGAAUUGUCUGAAAAUAUCGAAAAACAACGCCCUGCCUUAUUCAAAUUAGCCAGUGACUCGGAUGAGAAGGAGAACAGCGGGAUUGGUUGGUCAAAUUCGAUUGAACUGAGCAGCAAAAAUAUGACGUCAUCGUCGACGGCAUCAACGACGUCAUCAUCGCUACUCCCAUCGCAACAGCAAUCAUUAUCAUCAUCUUCAUCGUCGUCAUCAUUAUCAUCAUCGACUACUACUACCCCGACGACAAACGCCAUUAAACAAACGCCAUUCGCUACAUCACCACCAUCAUCGUCACAAAAUGCAACAGCUUCAACAACUUCUGCUGCUACUGCCACUACUACUACUACUAUUACCGAAAAUGGUGAUUCUAAAAAUAGAUCUGAUGUAAUUUCCCUGGAAGACGUCAUUUUUCCACUGGAAUCUUUUAGGCCUAACAAGAAACCCUUCAUAGAGGUAUACAACCAGAACAAUGUCCGAAUCACUUUCCACUUUUCUGACCUCCAACCGAAGCCCAACGUCCACGUCAUUGCCGUCACCACGACCAGCACAUCUCCCAGCGUUGUCAAGGACUUCUGCUUCUUAGCAACCGUUUCUAAGCCAAUGAGAGCGAAGAUGCAAACAGGUGGCAGCGGGGGCAGGGAGUUCAAGGCCUACAAUCCCAUCCUACCACCUGAUGUCGUUACUCAGUUACUGUUCGUCGGUGGUCCCCUACAAGAACCAAUCAAAUUGAAGUAUAAGGUCAGCUAUACACUGGACGAUGACGAUAUUAUCCUCGAUGUCGGUGAGGUCAACCUGAGGUCACUGAUGACUAUAUGA